CUGUAAAAAAAGCCUUACGGAAAAAAUGCUGGCAACGGUAACGUAAAACCAACGGCUGUGAUCUAAAAGAUUCAAAAUGCCACGCUUACGCGGCAUCAUCUUGCGCACUGUUUAACAGUUUCAUAUUCGUUUUCUUUUUGUCCUGUAACCAUUCUCAGUUUUCGAACGACAGGACAGAGGGAGGGAGAGGAGGAGAGAGAUACGUAUAUAGAGAGACAUGGACGCCGGCCGGCCUAACGCCGGCCGGCCUAAGACCAGGCCGGCCACCGGCCGGUGGAAUGCUGCUUUCUUUGUCAUCGGGUUGGAGAUAGCGGAGAGGUCGGCGAACGCCGGCAUAGCCUCCAACUUGAUCACGUACCUGACGGGGCCCCUCGGCCAGUCGACGGCGGUGGCGGCUACCGCAGUGAACACAUGGUCGGGAGUGGCGUCGAUGCUUCCACUCCUCGGGGCGUUCAUCGCCGAUUCGUAUCUCGGCCGGUAUCGGACUAUUAUUCUUUCGUCCACCCUCUACCUUCUGGGAUUAAGCAUGCUGACGCUGUCCUCCAUGCUGCCAAAUCUCUUCCCUCCCAAUUGCGAUGGCGCCAAGGAUUCCACAGCUUGCCCACCAACUCGGUUCCAUGUCUUCGCCUUCUACUUCUCCCUCUAUGUGGUUGCACUCGCACAAGGUGGUCAGACACCUUCUGCAGUGGCAUUCGGAGCCGAUCAAUUCGACGAGGAUGACCCUGAGGAAUGCAAAGAUAAAAGCUCCUUCUUCAAUUGGUGGUACUUUGCGACUUGUGGUGGAUCGAAUUUUGCUAUGUUCAUAUUGAAUUAUGUCCAAGACAACAUUGGUUGGGCCCUUGCCUUUGGAAUUUCUGGCAUUGCCAUGGGGCUUGCUCUUGUUAUUUUCUUGACAGGGUCAAGAACAUACCGUCGCCAUCAGUUAGAACACACAAGUCCCUUCACCGCAAUCUUUGAAGCUUGCAUCACAUUGAUUGGCAGACGGCAAUCACUUCCACUUGAUACAUCUAAAGAUGAAGCAAGAGAGGCAUUACUUGCACAUGCAGCCCAUCGAUCCAAGUUUUCUCAUGGUUCUAAUGAAGAGAGUGUAAAUGAUGAGGACAGUCAAGUGGAGGAGGUGAAGGGUUUGCUCCGGUUGUUCCCUAUUUGGGCAAGCUGCUUAUUUUAUUCUGUUGCUCUCUGUCAGUCGUCCACAUUUUUUACCAAGCAAGGUAGCACCUUGGAUAGGACCAUAGGAACAAGCUUCCAAGUACCACCUGCAGCGCUGCAGGGCUUCAUUGGUCUCUCCAGUGUUGCCUUUGUUCCGAUCUAUGAUUGUGUCAUUGUACCAAUUGCCAGAAAAUUUACCGGAAAGACAUCAGGCAUCACAAUGCUUCAAAGAAUUGGCACGGGUUUGGCUCUUUCAACGAUUACGACAGUGGCAGCAGCUCUGAUAGAGAUGAAGAGGCUCAAAACUGCUAGAGAUUUUGGGCUGGUUGAUCAGCCCAAUGCUACCAUUCCUAUGAGCAUUUCAUGGAUGAUUCCUGAAUAUGUUAUGUAUGGGAUGACAACCAUGUUAACGCUCGCCGGUUUGCAAGAAUUCUUCUAUGAUCAAGUGCCCGAGACAUUGAGAAGCCUGGGGCUUGCUCUUUUCCUCAGCAUCCUUGGAAUUGGUAACUUUGCUAGUGGUUUUCUCGUCUCGGUGAUAGAAAAAGUGACAAGAAAGAGAGGGGGGGAGAGCUGGUUCUCUGACAACUUAAAUCGUGCGCAUCUUGAUUACUUCUAUUGGCUUCUUGCUGGUAUCAGUGCUAUAGAAUUCAUCAUCUACCUCUACUUCGCAAGAUCCUAUGUGUACAAGAGGAAAAGAACUGUCAUGACUCCCAUGCUCCGUGCCAUGGCACAGCGGAUGCGUGCAACCGUGCAUAUGGAGGAAGAGAUGGAGAUCGAGCCACUCGGCAACGACGACGGUCCCAUGAAAGCCGACGAUCCCGGCCGUCCGAUCUCCAGAUCCACCACCGGCGGGUGGACCGCCGCCCUCUUCAUAUUGGGGGUGGAGAUAGCGGAGAGGUCGGCGCGCUUCGGUGUGUCGUCGAAUCUGAUCAGCUAUCUGACGGGACCGCUCGGGGAGUCGAUGGCGGCGGCGGCGACGGCGGUGAACGUGUGGUCCGGGGUGUCGUUCAUGCUGCCGCUGGUGGGGGCGUUCAUCGCCGACUCCUAUCUGGGACGUUAUCGGACCAUCGUACUCUCCUCGCUCCUCUACCUUCUGGGACUAGGCAUGCUGACCCUCUCCUCCAUGCUGCCGACUCUCAAUCCUUCUGAAUGCAAUGAUAGCACAGAUCUUACAGCUUGCCCCCAGCUGCUUCGAUUCCAAGCAAUAGUCUUCUACUUCUCCCUGUAUCUGUUUGCAUUUGCGCAAGGUGGCCAUAGACCAUGUGUUCAAGCAUUCGGAGCCGAACAAUUCGAUGAGAAUAAUCCGGAGGAAUGCAAGGCCAGAAGCUCCUUCUUCAAUUGGUGGAAUUUUGGAGUGUUCGCAACAAUCUUAGUCACUAACCUAGCAUUGAACUAUAUACAAGACAAUAUCGGUUGGACCCUCGGAUUUGGAAUUCCAUGGAUCUUUAUGGGCGUAUCUCUCACCAUUUUCUUGCUUGGAACCAAAUUUUAUCGCUAUCAUCUAAUAGAAGACAAAAAUCCCUUGGCUAAGAUCCGGAAAGCAUGUGUCACACUAAUUAGCAGUUGGCAGAGGACAUCAUUCGCCACAUCAAAAAAUGGAGAAGGAGAAGCACUUCUUCCACAUGCAUCUCAACAUACCAAGCACUCUCAUUAUUCUCAACAUGAAAGCAUAAACGGUGUAGGUCAAGUAGAGGAAGCCAAAGGAUUGCUCCAAUUGUUUCCUAUAUGGGCAACCUGCUUAACUUCUGCUAUCGUUACUGCUCAGGCGCCGACACUAUUUACCAAGCAAGCCAGUACAUUGGAUAGGAGAAUAGGGACUAGCUUCCAAGUGCCACCAGCAGCACUAUUGAGCUUCACCCAAAUCACCGUCAUCGCAUUCAUUCCAAUCUAUGAUCGAGUCAUUGUACCAAUAGCUAGAAAUUUUACAGGACUGCUGACGGGCAUCACCAUGCUUCAACGAAUCGGCACGGGAAUGCUCCUCUCGGUGAUCACAAUGGUGGUAGCAGCUCUGAUAGAGAUGAAGAGGCUUGAAACAGCUAGAGAUUUUGGGUUGGUUGACAUGCCCGGUGUUGCCAUUCCGAUGAGCAUGUGGUGGUUGCUUCCUCCAUAUGUUCUCGAUGGGAUUACGUUUGUCUUUGUGUUUGUUGGGUUGCAAGAAUUCUUCUAUGACCAAGUACCCGGUGAAAUGAGAAGCCUUGGGCUCGCUUUAUAUGCAAGCGUCGUUGGCACUGGUGAGUUGCUUAGGUUUCUUAUCUCUGUGAUCGACAAGGUGACAGGUAGCACAGGAGAGAGCUGGUUCUCUGACAGUAACUUGAACCGUGCGCAUCUUGAUUACUUCUAUUGUCUCCUUGCUGGACUCAGUUCAAUACAACUAGGACUCUAUCUCUGCGCUGCACAAUCCUAUGUAUAUAAGAAAAAAGUGACAAUCGCAGUAGUGUGAUUAAUUACUUGCUCUUUGUUUCGCAAUAGACAUGAUUGAUUUUGUAAUCUUUAUAACAAGAUCAUAAUCCUUCAUCAUAUGAAUAGGUUCUCUAUUGGGAUAAUUCAAAC